AUGGCGUUGUCUGCGGGUUGGGGUCAACCCGUUGUGGUUCGUAUUAGUGGGGAUGCCGGUGGUGAAUUCAUUGAACAUCCAAUCCUUAACAAUAGCUCUGCGCGAGCGCUCGCGGCGGCUGGUAACCCAAUAACCAUUCGAGUUCGUGACCCAUCUAACUUUGCCGACGUUCUGCACUCUACGGGGAGGGGUUCCACGACGUCGUAUGAAUCGGGCAGCGACAUCCGCCGAGCCUUGUCAGCGGCGCUGUUUGGCCGCGAUAUCAGUGAGACCUUCUGGAUACCUGAUCCUGGGAGGAAUGAGAUGGGGCUGCUUGAGGCCCUGCACCGCCGUGGCGCGACGAACCGGACGUACCUGCUGCUGCAGAGUCGUCCACUUGCGGAGCUGCAGAUGAACUACUCCACAUGCACCGGCCGUAAUAUUGAUCUCUCGCACGACAUGUUUAGGCUUUCCAAGACGGCUAUGGCCGUUUACCACAUCGAUCAAAGACUCAACGCUGGGGAUGAGGAAAAGCUCGCAUCCUUCGUUAACUGUGGUGAUGCGCAAGGCGUUCAUCCACAAGGUGGUUAUUUCGAGGGAAACGAUAAAGACUACGGUGGACGCUCCCCUAACUUUGAUAGGGGCAGUUCUUCAUACGGUGCAAAGCCGGUUAGUUCAGGUGGUGGCUACAUCAGCAUGCCCGCACAUGGCUUUAAAGCUGCGGUGCGCGCGAGCCUUCAGUAUCUGCAAGAGGAGGAUUACUAUCUUGUGCGGUACCGUGACUACAGCAGCUGGGCUGUCAACGAGUACCGCAGUCUUGCGAGGAGCGACUCUGUGUUAGGGAAGAAGUACGUGGAGCAGUGCUUCGCGGUGCACGUCGGCCGAGAGCCUGGCGAACUCAUCCCUAUCACCGAGGCGCAAUUUCUCUUCGGUGUCGACCUCCUGCAGCGACAGUUAUUGAACCGUCUCACCACGCUUCCCGCCGGUGGGGAUGGGAGUUGUAGGAAUUACUUCGCUCAUCAUCACGACCUCGACUACAGUGCCCUCAACGCGGAUCAGUUCCGCUCGCUUGGCGUGCUGCUCGGCGAUGGGAUGCGUGAGGUUGGGGUGGAGGGUGAGGAGCGGAAACGCGCGGUUGAGGCGGAGCGGAUACGCACGGCUGAGGCGGAAUCACGGCGCCGCAAUUCGGAGUACGACGCGCCGGCGUGGUAUGACUGGUCACCCACGGCGGUUCGACGGCGUGUACAGUAUCGUCUGUCCUUGUACUACACCUCCAUCGGUCGUUUUGUUGUGCAAACGAUGAUUGUGUGCGGGUGCGGCUACGUCGUGUUCUACUACGCGAGGGGGUACCUCUCGCUCGCGGCACCGACGUUUCGCGGUGAGCACGAGCGCCGCUACAAUGACAGGCAGCGGCGCGGCAGGUACAGCUACUACUACGAUGGAGGCGGUGGCGAGGAUGACGUGACGGGGUACGUACGCCGUGGAUUCUUCCGGAGCGUGCUGAUGGGGCCUAAGGAGGUGUUUGACUACUUCCUCGCACCGAGCAGUUAG